ACAGCCCUGCAUACAGAGUUUAAGGUAGCUCUAGAAGCCAACAAUUAACCAAAAAAAAAAAAAAGAGAUAAAUAUUAAUAAAUAAAUAUUAGACACAUAGACAUACUGUAAAUAUAUCAAACAACCUUGUUGAAACAUUGAAUGGAAGAGUUGCAAACCCGUUUGGAGUCACAGAAGACAGACUGCUUUCUUGACACCACGGGCUGGAGACCAAGAAUAGCACUACAUCAACAGAAAACAAAGAGGAAGAACAAUUCCAAAAAGAUGAUGGCUUUAUCCCUGUCUCCCCGUCCUGCACUGUUCUUCUUAGUAUUGAUGAGUUUGACUCUGAUGACCUCUGCCUUUCCCCAACCUCACCUUCGUGCUCUGCAAAGUAACUUGCCUGCUAUUGGUCAAGAGGACUCCAAAGGUGAACAGUGGGAGUUACUCUACCCCUCCAUUUCACUUCGUGAUUGGAGCAUUCGGAUGUUGACCGUCCCAGAUUUUGAUACAGCAAAGGCUGGAAUAGAACAGGUGGUUAGGGAUGACUGGCUUCCGCUUAGCCAGUCACAGAUGGAGGAAGAGCUGGUCAAGAGCUGGCGGGGUGACUGGCCUUCACGAGUUAGUCACCAGCAGAAGAGGAACAUAGUGGUGGCAGAUGAUGCUGCAUUUAGAGAGAAGAGCAAACUUUUGACAGCAAUGGAAAGACAGAAGUGGCUAAAUUCCUAUAUGCAGAAACUAUUAGUAGUUAAUUCAAAGUGAUUAUAAUAGUAAUUCUAUUGUUUAUUAUUAAAAAAAGGGACCGCAUAUAUACAAAUUAUCACAUUUUA